AUGUCUAGCUCGCAGCCAGCUGCACUAGGAGCUCCUGAAGUACCUGAAGUCCAGGAGAUUGAAAUAGACUAUGAAGCUCUGCCAGAUACAGCUCCUCUCUCGUACCAAUUGCUUGCUGGUGCGUUUGCCGGGAUCAUGGAACACUCGAUAAUGUUUCCAAUCGAUGCGUUGAAGACGAGAAUGCAGGCAGUAUCGGAGAUGAAGGCGGCCGCAGCUUCCUCUGGGUCAGCAGCGGCAGCAUCAGCAGCAGUACGUGGCUCGAGCGUCGCACGCGCAGAUACCAUUUUGCAGCAGAUAUCGAGGAUAUCGUCGACAGAAGGAUCUCUCGCGCUAUGGAGAGGUGUGCAAUCGAUGGUGAUGGGCGCAGGUCCAGCACACGCGGUAUACUUUGCGACAUACGAGUUUUGCAAAGAGAACUUGAUCGAUGCGAAGGAUAUCAACACACACCAGCCCCUAAAAACGGCAAUGAGCGGUGUCGCGGCCACGGUAGCUGCGGACGCAUUGAUGAACCCGUUCGACACAAUUAAACAGAGACUCCAGCUACAGUCAAAGAGCAAGGACUCGUCGAUGUGGAGAAUGGCAGCUAACAUCUACAGAAACGAGGGUGCCAAGGCAUUUUUCUACAGUUAUCCAACUACGUUGGCCAUGAACAUCCCGUUCGCCGCAUUGAACUUUGUCAUUUACGAGUCCAGCACAAAAUUCUUCAACCCAACUAAUGCAUAUAACCCUUGGAUCCACUGCCUCUGCGGUGGUAUAGCGGGUGCCACUUGUGCUGCAGUCACUACACCUUUGGACUGCAUCAAAACAGUGUUGCAGGUCAGGGGAAGCGAUUCGGUCCAUAUCCAGUCGUUUAAGAACGCAGACACCUUCAAAAAGGCAGCUACUGCCAUAUGGCAGACGUACGGCUGGAGAGGAUUCUGGAGAGGCCUACAGCCAAGAGUCAUCUCCAACAUCCCUGCCACCGCCAUCUCGUGGACCUCUUACGAGUUUGCAAAGCAUUUAUUGUUCGAUAAACAUGAACCUUCAUUACAAAACUUAUAA